CCCUCUAGCUCCAUUUCCUCCCUCCCUCUCUAAAGUUGCACAUGGUUUCUGUCUGAGGAGGUUUAGUUUCCUCAGGCUCUGGAUGGGAGAGGGAUAAUGCCAGAAAGCUGCAGGCAAACACACAUGUUCAAAACUUAAUGGGAGAUUUGACCCGUUUCCUUCAGCACUAAUAGAUUGGCAAGAAUAUAAUCUAGAAAUCAGAUUGUUUUUUAGGUUGCAGAGGUGCAUUUUUUUGACCAUUUGGAAUAGCAUUCAAUGUGGCUGAAUCCUGAAGUGUUUGCUUGUUGUUCACCAAUUUUCAAAUCUGUGGAAGUAAGACAUUUUGGGACUUUUGGGCUUUUUUUUUUCUUUGGAAACUGGAAAAUGUUUAACAAAUGAGUUUGAAUGCACCUCAAAUUUAAAUUGCUGACUACUUGUGCUGUUCCUGGACACUUUCUUUAUGGAAAAAAGGUGGACUGCAAUAUCACCACCAUCAAGUUGAGCGUCAGCAAAAAGGCAAAAAGUAGUUUAUAAAGGAUUCUUGAGCGAGGAAUCAUGAAAGACAACUAUGGCGGAUACGAGAACCAGCUUUUCAAAGAGGAGGAUUUCACUGGAGAGGAGGAAAUGCCUUCAUUUAGAGGUCGUAGCAGAGGUGGCUGUAUGAGGUGCCAGCAGAGCCGCUCUCUCCAGCUGGCUGUCAAAGUCCUCUAUGGAUUUGUUGCAUUCCUCAUCAUUAUUGUGGCAGUGCUUGCAUCACUUGUGUUCAGGAAGGUUGACAAACUGUCUGAAGAGGAGUCCGUCUACCACAAGAAGAUCUCCAGGGUUCAGCAAGGAAUAGAGGAUCUGAGCUCCACCUCUAACUGUUCAGGCUGUCUGGAUGUGACUCUGUACAGCGAGGAGAUCAGCAGGCUGAAAAGAGAGUUUGAAGACAUCCAGAGGAUGAUACUGGGACAGGAGCAGGUCCUGGACCAGGCCUCCCAGACCCAGACCACCCUAAAGGCCACCAGCAACCGGCUGACACGUGACGUGCAAAACCAACUCAUGUCGAUCAAACUUCUCAACCAGUCGCUGGAAAGAUACCUGGAUCGGGUGGAGGGCUGGAAGGACGUGAUCAAGGAAACUGAGGAGAAAAUGAAGACGCUGACGGAGGAUCAAUAUGACGUCAAAGCUACAGCACAGCAAGUUAACAUGACGGUGGCACUCAGUACAAUGUGGAUAGAUGCCCUGCAGAGAAAAGCAGAUGAGGAGACUCUGGUCCUCCAGAAGUUGACCACUGACUGGCAGAACUACAGCCGAGUUCUGAGCGCCAUCAAAUCCAACACGAGCAGCACCACGCAAAACAUGCGCUUACUCCAAAACAACAUCGUAGCAGAUCAUCAGAGAAUCGCCUUGUCAACCGAGGUGUACUACGACCUCACUCAGCAGGUGAUGAACCUGCAGAUGCAGCUUGACAAUGUAACGUCUUUCAUGGACGAACACGAGGAGAACAUGCAUGACCUUCACUACCAUUCCAGGUACUAUGAGAACCGAACAGGUGAGCGUUUCUCUGCAUUGGAUGGUCGUCUGAACUCCAUCUCGAUGGAGAUUGACACGAUCUCCUCCAGUAUCAACGCCACCGUCAGCCACGUCCAGAGCAUGUACAAGUACAUUAACAUCGAGAGUUCGUCCUGCCAGAGUCGCAUGGGCAGACACACAGAAGAUCUACAGAACCUGAACAACACAGUCCUGUUACUCCUCCACUUGGCCGACACACUGAGACAGCAAAACAUGUUGUUGAAUGUCCGACUUGAUGUGGAUGUCAGGAACCUGUCCAUGGUGAUGGAGGAGAUGAAGCUUGUGGAUGUUCACCAUACCCAGCUCAUAAAGAACUUCACUAUAGUAAAAGGUGCUCCUGGACCACCAGGGCCCAAAGGGAACCGUGGUGAGACCGGCUCAAAAGGACCCAUGGGACUGACUGGGAGCAAAGGUGACCGAGGCCCUAUAGGAAUCCGUGGAUCCGUUGGAGAAAAGGGCUCUCUUGGGCCCAAAGGAGCACAAGGUGAAACAGGCCCUGGUGGCAAUAGAGGGGCAAUAGGAAUCAAAGGAACUAAAGGGUCUCUUGGUCCUCCAGGACCGCAUGGUGAGAAGGGCCAGAAAGGUGAUAUGGGCCUCAACGGUAUAGAUGGUGUCCCAGGACCCACUGGGCCUCCAGGGAUCCAGGGUCAGACAGGACUACCUGGCAUCGUCGGGCCACCAGGACCAAGGGGAAAACCAGGGCCAACAGGUCCGCCUGGACCACCAGGAACACCUGGACCUCCAGUUCCAUACCCACAUGACCUAAUCAACACCCAGCACCUGACCAUGACGCCUGCUACUGGGCCCAAGAAACAGUAGAAAGAUGAACUCAGAGGUGAUUUGUCCAGUACAAAGAAGCUUAACAAGCUUAUUGACAGAUAGAAACUGAAAGAAUAUCAUCCAUUGUGACUGGAGACGCAAUAAACCAUUUCUAUGGGAUUAUGCAAGACAAUGAAGAACUUUAUGAACAAAUGCAACAAAUCAAAUUGGAGAUGGGGCUUUAAAGGAGGCAUUCCCCUGAUAUUAUGACAUGGCCACAUGAAAUGAACCAAGAGGAAGGUCUAAAAAAUUGAAAACAGAACUGCUGCCACAGACUGUUUAAUGUACUGGAAGCAAAGAAUAUGUUUGAGGUUGCUGUCAAGCCACCAAAAACUCAUGGGGCAUAAUAAAUAGGAGGGCUGUUAACCACAGAUUUGGAGUAACGUAGUGAUGUUUUCCCUGUCCGGAUGACUCAAAAGUUUACAUUCCCAUGCACUACUAUCUGGGCACAGAAAAAAUAUCUUUUUGUUUUGACAUUAUGUACACAUUGACACAUCCUUUUCUGAUGGAUGGCACUUUAUUGGUUCUUAAAGUGUAAAAAUUAAAGUCAGUUUACUUAUCUUUUGGCAUUUCAGAGCAGGUACUCUGAAGACUUUUCUUUCAUCUACUGGGUGAAACUGUCAUUUAUGAUCUGUGUUUGAAGAAGUGAAGUUGCAGAAUUUAUGCCCUCUGAAUUUGAAAUUAAGUGCUCUGAUGACUUGUUUUACAUUGUAUGAAACUGUUGCUUCUAUUGUUGCUGUAAGAAUGAAGAAAGUAAUAAGUAACUCUCUUGUUGACUCCUGUUGACAAACAUUUUGGAAAAUACACACAUUCGCUUUCAUUCUGAGAGUUCGAUGAGAAGAUCGAUACCACUGUGUGCUGUAGCCAGGAGGUGAUUAGCCUAGCUUAGCAUAAAGACUGGAAGCACGGGGAAACAGCUAGCCUGAAUCUGAUAGUGACAUUACUGUCACUAUCAGAUUAUACAAACAUAUCAUACAAAGAUACAACGUGGUAAAUAAUAAGAUUUAGAGGUUUUGACAGGUGUAUUUUUGAACUUUGAAGAGAGCCAGGCUAGCUGUUUCCCUCUGCCUCCAGCUUUUAUGCUAAGCUAAGCUAAUUGCCUCCUGCUCUAUCUCCAUACCUUAUGCACAGACAUGAGAGUGGUAUAAAUCUUCUCAUCUAACUCUUGGAAAGAAAGCAAAUAAGCGUAUUUCACAAAAUGUUGAACUAUUCCUGUAAGAGGUAUGAAGACUAGCAAGGUCAUGAAACUCAUUCAACAUAUAAAUGAAUAAUAAUAUUUGUAAACAUGUCAAGUAAUACAAUUAAACACACACAAACAAUUGUGAUAGAGUAAUGACUUAUAUUAGGUUUUGGGUCUUAUGAUACACACAUAAAUAAUCUUUUAUAUCUCAGAAAAAAAAAGUUUUACAAAAAAGGGAAACAUACUAUUUUUGUAACCGUGUGUUGUAAUGAAAUGCGACUGGCUUGCAUUGAACUUCAAUAAAGCUUUUUUUUAACAGUC